GCAAUCUACUUUUUCAGUUAAUUAUGUUAAGCCCUAUCCAUCAAAGCUUUUUUCUGAAGGUUAUGACGGGGUAUUUAAUAUUUUGGAUAAUUCCAUUAUUGGUUAUUCCAAGGAUUAUUUUCUUUUUCUUGAAAAGAAUAUAACUUUUCUUGAAGAUUUUAUCUUCUUUCUCUUUGAGAAUUGUCCUGAUUCUGAUGGGUUCACUUCAAUCUUUCACUAUUAUUUUUUAACCCAUAAUCAACAUUUUUGGCCAUAUGAUUUUUUUGGCUCUAAUUUCCAUAAUAAUAAGUAUACCCAUUGUUAUACUUCUCUUCAACUUCCAUGUGAGGAUCUUUCAUCAGUUUUUGCUGACUUAUCUCUUAAGAAUGAUAAGGUUCAUUCCUCUGCUCUGAGGUUUCCUCAACCUAUGUUGUCUAGAAUUGAUUGUUUUGAUGCUCUUGAAUUAUUCCAGGAUUCUUCUAAAAAUUCUGACCAAGGAUAUGAUUCUGGUCCAGAAAUCUAUUCUAAUAAAGGAUGUAUUUAUGUUGAUUAUUAUUCUCGUAAUCCAGACGAGAAUAUUGAUAAUGAUGAUUAUAAUAUUUAUUCUGAUUAA